UUAAAAAGAUUGCAACGUAGCAUUAUUAUAGCAAUAUUAUAAUAUGUUGUGUUUCUAAGAUUAUUAUGUUAACAAUAAGUUUGAAAUUUGGACCGACGAAAAUGUUAAUUAUAAAUAUAAAACGGUCUACAUCAGUUACACGGGAUUUGAAUGGUGAAUAAUAAUUUUUAUAAUUAUAAUAAUAAUCUCCGGCUUAUACGAAUUGCGAGUCGCAUUUUUAUCAAAUUUUAAAUACAAUUAUUGCACGGUGCCGGAAUAAAUAAUAUUAUUAAAUUGACGAGAAAUUUAAUAGUUUCAAUGCUGAGAAGUAUCUAGAAUCUCCCUCCUUCCCAAAAAAAUAAAGAAUUUGUUAUUAUAUUAACACAUUUUGGCAUAUUUAACUUUAAGAAAUAUCAUACAUAUGUUCCUACAUUUAUUUUUCAUGAAAACCGAAAAUUUUACUGUUAAAAUAUAUGUGAUUUACUUUCAUAUUCAAAUUGUAUUUUGGGAGGUUUGUAUUCUUCCAAGAAAUUAUUGCAUUAAAACAUGAGUGAACAAUUUUGAAGGUUGCACCAUUUAUUUUGUUCUUAUCUCUUUUUAUCUUUAUGAAAAAUAAAACCUUACUACGUCCAUCGAGUAGCAGUAAUAUACGCAUUGACUUUUAACAUUACAAAAGGGAUAUAAAUAAACGAUUGGUAACCAGUGCAUAUUAUGGUAUAAUGAAGAAAAAUAAGAAAAAAACGUAACCAAAAGUUAAAUUGUUAAAGGAACUAAAUAGAAUUUUUUAAACAUAUACUAUAAUUUUUAUCUCAAACAUUUUUUUCUACGUUUAUAUUUUUCGAGCUAUUUUGCCGGAUCGGAAUUUUUUAUACACCCCGUACAUACAUAGCGAUUUUUUAUAGUUAUUUUUGGGUUUUAUAACUCAAAAUACGUAAAAAUAUAUAAACUUUUUUAUAUAGAUUUUAUAUAGAUUUAUUUUGAAUAACAAUUUCCAAAAGCUCAAUUUUUCAUAUCCUUUUUUCAAUAUAAAAUUAUUCUUUUCAGGUCAUGGUUAGAGGCUGCAAACGAAGAGAAAUGGGCAAGAGGUCCUUGUUGCUUUAACUUCACUAAUAAUGUAACACUUCGUGAGUUUUCAAGUUUUAUUAAAAAUAUAAAAAUUAAGCCAUCAAUAUACAUCUGUUUUAGUUCUGAUAUUAAAGAUUUAUAUAAAAAAAGUAUGUGUCUUAAACUUCAUUUAUAUUCACAUUGAUAAAUACAGGCAUAAAUUUAGGAAUUUUUUUUAUAUACAUAAAUAUGAAUUAUAUUAUACCUAAUUGGCAUGUAGAAAUAUGUAAUAAAUAAUACAUGAACAUAUAGUACAUAUUUUAAAUAAUAAAAUAAAUAAAGGAUUUAUUAAUAGUUGCAUGUAAACGUUCCAUUUUAGUUUAUAAAGGAAAGACGGAGGUCAUGCGGUACCUGUGAAAUAUGUGUAGUGAGAUACCUUGAUAUCUCGUAUAAUUUGCGAUGAAUUCGGAAAGUAACCAUUAAAAUUAUUUCAUUACAAUUUGUUUAAUUAUUGUAGCAUGGUUAGUGAUCACUAAUGUUUACUACGCUUUUAUAAAAUCUAAAUUUUAGUUUUAUAGGUAGCAGCAAUUUUAACAGAUGUAUACACUCUAAUUUUAAGUGUGUUAUAGAUAUUAAUUUUUUAACUUUAUAAUCUAGCUUGAAGGACUUAAAUGUUUAGUUUCAAAGAAUGUAAUUGAAUUAAAUGUGUGCCAUAAUGUAUCAAUUCGAAAAUUUGCAUAUAAAAUUAUAUCACUUAAUAAAAGUGAGAUGGUCAUAAGUCAUUUGCAUUACAAGGUAAAAUUUCUCUUGCGACUUUAUAAUAUCAUAGUGUACGUUGCAUAAUGUGCUUACUAACAGCAAAGAAAUUAUUUAAAAAGUUUAUUUUUUAAACCAAGAAGAUAUAAUAAAAUAUCUUUUUCUUCCUCUCUGCAGUAAAUUGUAAAUUACGUUUUCUCUACAUACCCGAUGAACUUUUAAGUGCACAAUAGAGGAAUUUUAUUAGAUUUUAGAAAUAAAAAUUAAAACUUUAGAAUCAGUUUUUUUAAUAAAUAAUAAAAGUAACGUAUAAUGAAUACAAACAAAGAAUAUAAGUAGAUUAUACAAGAUUCAAUAUAACUUACUAUUUAUUUACAGUGACUUUAUUGAGAAAACUGAUUCUAAAAUUUUAAUUCCUAUUCCUAAUAUUUAAUUGUGUGCAGGGUCUUACGGUGAUUAAAUUAUGCCUAACAAACUGAUGUUGAUAAAAAUUGUGUUGCGCUAAUAUUUAUUACUGAUUGUGAGUUACUUUAAAGAAACAAAAUAGUAAACCACUACCCCCUUUCUCCCUUUAACAAAUUACUUUUUGAAUAUUUUAAUACUAUUUUAAAAACUAAUGUACUAUUUAUUUUUCCAUAUAAAUUAUAAAAUAAUAUAGCAUUUUUUAAAUUUAUCCUUUACUUCUUUUUAAGAUGAUGUUGCGGCUGUGCUACCUAAACAUUGUGAGGCUAUAACAUUAUACAAUUAUUAUAAUUUCUUGUAUUUUAAGAAAAAGAUGGUACAUUUCACUUUACCUUUUCAAGGAUGUAUAUUUUUACCCGAAAUCCCGUAUGUGAAAAUAAAAUUAUUUAAAUUGCCUGACAUAUUGUAUGAUCGUAUCAUACAGGAAACAGCUGAAUAUCAAGACAUAAUUUCUACAAUUAAUAAUCAUGAAGCCUCUAUGCUAAAUCACGAAACGUCUACAUGCCUCAUGUUAUUUAGUAUGAGUAGUUGUUAUAAUACAGGUCGUAAUAUAGGAAAAUAUUGGGCUACAGCUAUACAAGAAAGCCAGGAAAAUAAAAUUGUUUCUGUAUUGGGUGGUGUAUGUCUGGCUAUCUAUUCAAAACUUACACGUAUUGACAAUUCAUAUGAAAAAAAAUACCCAUGGUAUUUCCGUCGGAGAGUUGAAAAUUCACCAUGUGUCGCUGUCCUGAUUACUGGUCUUAUACAGACAUACUCCAUAGUUUUAGAGAAAGAAUGCAAUACAGAGGAGCAGAUCGAGGCAAAAUUACAGUUAUUUAAGAACGAAGUAAAGUUAAGGAGACAUUCUAUAGGAUUUAUGUUUGAGAGCACAAGUUCUAUUCCAGCAUUUUAUCUAUUUGAUGAAAAAGCUAUGUUGAAAUUAAAAAUAUUCCGAAGAUUAUUUCCUACAAUAUUCUUAGCAGGCUGCGUGGCGAAUAAUGGCAUAUUUGGGAAAACUUCUAUUGUUCAUACGAUGAAUGAAGAAAGUGAGUAACUUUUCUUUUCUUUUUUUUUAACGAGAUUAUUGUCUCGAUAAGUUGAUAUACUGUUUUUUUUGUCUUAGAAAACAGUGAAGAGGAACAUAUAAGUAAGAAUUCUGAAUCUUGGUAUAAAAUAAUCUCUACUGUGUUUUUAAUACUUACAUAUGAGUGAUGUUUUGAAAGAAGAAACGCAUAAGAGAGAGAGAGAGAGAGAGAGAGAGAGAGAGAGAGAGAGAGAGAGAGAGAUUACUAGUGUUACAAAUAUGUACAUUUUAUCACUCGUGUGUAGCUUUUAGAUCUUUUAUCAUUACAUUCUUUUUUUGAUGUGAUGUAACAACACCGUAAUGUGAUGUAACAACAACUUAUAUCCUUGCAUUAUUUGUUCCAACACUGUAGAACGUAUGAAUUAAUCCUUUAUAAAUUUUUUAAUUUAAUCUUUGUUGAUUUGUCAUCACUCAAACCAGAUUUUAAAUAUAUGAACAGUUUAAA